AUGAAGACCUUCCUCACCCUCACCCUCCUUUCUGCGUCGACGGUGGUUCUAGCAGAGCGCUUGGCCACCAUCGUCAACCGCUGCCCACAGACAAUCUCUGUCUUCAUCAACGGGCAGACCCAAGGCCUCCUUGCGCCGAAUGAAGCGACGAACAGGACAUACGAGGACACAUGGGCGGGGCUAAUUUACUCUACGACGAACGAGGGGAGCGCAAACGGGGCGGGGACGACGAGAGCAGGGUUCUAUGGCCAGACGAACUACUACUACCUCAUCCGCGAUCCUAGCAACUUCAACACGGGCGUCAGCAUCGUGCCCAGGGUCAUCUCAUCGCUCACUGGAGGCUUCUGUGCGACGUCCCUAUGCGACAGCAUCUCCUGUACGUCGACGUACGACAGCCCUCCGAGCACCUUCCCUGCUCCGUCAGGGACUGCGCCUGCACCUCCGCUCUUCGAGUGCCCAGGAACGGACGUUGGGUACACGAUUACCUUCUGCCCCGAGAGGACAUUCCCGCCACCGAGCGGAUAUGUAACCAUUCAUCCAACUGGGUCAAAUGACAAGUGCUUGGACGUGCGAGGAGCCUCGUUUAGGAAUGGAACGACGGUUCAGAUAUACGACUGUAACGGAACGGCGGCGCAACGAUGGCUGAUCACCAAGAGCGACAGUUCCGGCACUCGAGUCCAACUCGCUGGCACCCCUUUCUGCUUAGACGCAGGAAGUAACCCUUCUAGUGGCACGACAAUAAAGAUAUGGGAGUGUAUCGACGGCCUAGCUGCACAGGCGUGGCAAUAUAACGACGCAAAUCAAAUCAAGUUCACGAGUAAAAACCAGUGCCUCGAUCUGACCGACGGGUCGUUGGCGAAUGGCAACAGGAUCCAGAGCUGGACGUGCCAGUCCACUACAUCGCGGAAUCAGCUGUGGGUCACAUCAUGA